GGGGAGUGAGCGCGGCGCUCUCGCGCGCCCGGUGUCUCCCUCUCGCUGCCUCUGCAGAAACAGCUCCUGCCAGAGCGGCGCUCGGCGCGGCGCGGCGGGCCCGGAGCGGUGGCGGCGGCUCUUCCUGCCUCCGCGCCCAGGAGUUGCCGGCUCCCUUUGACAGCAGAGAGCCGGGCAGGGGCCUCAGGAGGACUCGCCGGGAGUGGGCAGAGGCGCCUCGGCCCCUGCCGGCCCAGGCGGGCCCCGCGCGCCCCCCGCCCCUCCUUUCCGCCUCUUCUCGCCCUGCCUCUUCUCGCCCUGCCUCUCCCGAUUUAUUUUUUCAAAUGGUGUAGCCGCCAGAGGUGCGGUGCUCAAUUCUUGGAAGGGGCCCGGAUGUACUGAGGAUGCAUUACAAUUUCACUCGAGGAGGCAGUAGUGGAAAGGAGCAGUUUUUGGGGUUUGAUGCCAUAAUGGGAAUCAGGUAAUCGUCGGCAGGGAAGAAGAAACACUGCAGACCACGGCUUCCUCGAAUCUUGCACGAAAGCCGCCGGCCUCGGAGGAGGGAUUAAUCCAGACCCGCUGGGGGGUGUUUUCACAUUUCUUCCUCUUCGUGGCUGCUCCUCCUUUUAAAACCAUUUUUGAUCCAUGGUCAAUGAGAAUACGAGGAUGUACAUUCCAGAGGAAAACCACCAAGGUUCCAACUAUGGGAGCCCACGCCCCGCCCAUGCCAACAUGAAUGCCAAUGCGGCCGCGGGACUGGCCCCUGAGCACAUCCCCACCCCGGGGGCCGCCCUGUCCUGGCAGGCGGCCAUUGACGCAGCCCGGCAGGCUAAGCUGAUGGGCAGUGCUGGCAAUGCGACCAUCUCCACAGUCAGCUCCACGCAGCGGAAGCGACAGCAAUACGGGAAGCCCAAGAAGCAGGGCAGCACCACGGCCACACGCCCGCCCCGAGCCCUGCUCUGCCUGACCCUGAAGAACCCCAUCCGGAGGGCCUGCAUCAGCAUUGUCGAAUGGAAACCAUUUGAAAUAAUUAUUUUACUGACUAUUUUUGCCAAUUGUGUGGCCUUAGCGAUCUAUAUUCCCUUUCCAGAAGAUGAUUCCAACGCCACUAAUUCCAACCUGGAACGAGUGGAAUAUCUCUUUCUCAUAAUUUUUACGGUGGAAGCAUUUUUAAAAGUCAUCGCCUAUGGACUCCUCUUUCACCCCAAUGCCUACCUCCGCAACGGCUGGAAUCUGCUCGAUUUUAUCAUUGUGGUUGUGGGGCUUUUUAGUGCAAUUUUAGAACAAGCAACCAAAGCAGACGGGGCAAAUGCUCUCGGAGGGAAAGGGGCCGGAUUUGAUGUGAAAGCGCUGAGGGCCUUCCGCGUGCUGCGACCCCUGCGGCUGGUGUCCGGAGUCCCAAGUCUCCAGGUGGUCCUGAAUUCCAUCAUCAAGGCCAUGGUCCCCCUGCUGCACAUCGCCCUGCUCGUGCUGUUUGUCAUCAUCAUCUACGCCAUCAUCGGCCUGGAGCUCUUCAUGGGGAAGAUGCACAAGACCUGCUACAACCAGGAGGGCAUAGCAGAUGUUCCAGCAGAAGAUGACCCUUCCCCUUGUGCGCUGGAAACAGGCCAUGGGCGGCAGUGCCAGAACGGCACGGUGUGCAAGCCCGGCUGGGAUGGUCCCAAGCACGGCAUCACCAACUUUGACAACUUUGCCUUCGCCAUGCUCACGGUGUUCCAGUGCAUCACCAUGGAGGGCUGGACGGACGUGCUGUACUGGGUCAAUGAUGCCGUAGGAAGGGACUGGCCCUGGAUCUAUUUUGUUACACUAAUCAUCAUAGGGUCAUUUUUUGUACUUAACUUGGUUCUCGGUGUGCUUAGCGGAGAGUUUUCCAAAGAGAGGGAGAAGGCCAAGGCCCGGGGAGAUUUCCAGAAGCUGCGGGAGAAGCAGCAGCUAGAAGAGGAUCUCAAAGGCUACCUGGACUGGAUCACUCAGGCCGAAGACAUCGAUCCCGAGAACGAGGACGAAGGCAUGGAUGAGGAGAAGCCCCGAAACAUGAGCAUGCCCACCAGUGAGACCGAGUCCGUCAACACCGAAAACGUGGCUGGAGGUGACAUCGAGGGAGAAAACUGCGGGGCCAGGCUGGCCCACCGGAUCUCCAAGUCAAAGUUCAGCCGCUACUGGCGUCGGUGGAAUCGGUUCUGCAGAAGAAAGUGCCGUGCUGCAGUCAAGUCUAAUGUCUUCUACUGGUUGGUGAUUUUCCUGGUGUUCCUCAACACGCUCACCAUUGCCUCUGAGCACUACAACCAGCCCCACUGGCUCACAGAAGUCCAAGACACAGCGAACAAGGCCCUGCUCGCCCUGUUCACGGCAGAGAUGCUCCUGAAGAUGUACAGCCUGGGCCUGCAGGCCUACUUCGUGUCCCUCUUCAACCGCUUUGACUGCUUCGUCGUGUGUGGCGGCAUCCUGGAGACCAUCCUGGUGGAGACCAAGAUCAUGUCCCCGCUGGGCAUCUCCGUGCUCAGAUGUGUCCGGUUGCUGAGGAUAUUCAAGAUCACGAGGUACUGGAACUCCUUGAGCAACCUGGUGGCAUCCUUGCUGAACUCUGUGCGCUCCAUCGCCUCCCUGCUCCUUCUCCUCUUCCUCUUCAUCAUCAUCUUCUCCCUCCUGGGGAUGCAGCUCUUUGGAGGAAAGUUCAACUUUGAUGAGAUGCAGACCCGGAGGAGCACAUUUGAUAACUUCCCCCAGUCCCUCCUCACUGUGUUUCAGAUCCUGACCGGGGAGGACUGGAAUUCGGUGAUGUAUGAUGGGAUCAUGGCUUAUGGCGGCCCCUCUUUUCCAGGGAUGUUAGUCUGUAUUUACUUCAUCAUCCUCUUCAUCUGUGGAAACUAUAUCCUACUGAAUGUGUUCUUGGCCAUUGCUGUGGACAACCUGGCUGACGCUGAGAGCCUCACAUCUGCCCAAAAGGAGGAGGAAGAGGAGAAGGAGAGAAAGAAGCUGGCCAGGACUGCCAGCCCAGAGAAGAAACAAGAGAUGGUAGAGAAGCCGGCAGUGGAGGAAUCCAAGGAGGAGAAGAUUGAGCUGAAAUCCAUCACGGCUGACGGAGAGUCUCCACCCACUACCAAGAUCAACAUGGAUGACCUCCAGCCCAAUGAAAAUGAGGAUAAGAGCCCCUACCCCAACCCAGAAACUACAGGAGAAGAGGAUGAGGAGGAGCCAGAGAUGCCUGUCGGCCCUCGCCCACGACCACUCUCUGAGCUUCACCUUAAGGAAAAGGCAGUGCCCAUGCCAGAAGCCAGCGCGUUUUUCAUCUUCAGCUCUAACAACAGGUUUCGCCUCCAGUGCCACCGCAUUGUCAACGACACGAUCUUCACCAACCUGAUCCUCUUCUUCAUUCUGCUCAGCAGCAUUUCCCUGGCUGCUGAGGACCCGGUCCAGCACACCUCCUUCAGGAACCAUAUUCUGUUUUAUUUUGAUAUUGUUUUUACCACCAUUUUCACCAUUGAAAUUGCUCUGAAGAUGACGGCUUAUGGGGCGUUUCUGCACAAGGGCUCCUUCUGCCGGAACUACUUCAACAUCCUGGACCUGCUGGUGGUCAGCGUGUCCCUCAUCUCCUUUGGCAUCCAGUCCAGUGCAAUCAAUGUCGUGAAGAUCUUGCGAGUCCUGCGAGUACUCAGGCCCCUGAGGGCUAUCAACAGGGCCAAGGGACUAAAGCAUGUGGUUCAGUGUGUGUUUGUCGCCAUCCGGACCAUCGGGAACAUCGUGAUUGUCACCACCCUGCUGCAGUUCAUGUUCGCCUGCAUCGGGGUCCAGCUCUUCAAGGGAAAGCUGUACACCUGUUCAGACAGUUCCAAGCAGACAGAGGCGGAAUGCAAGGGCAACUACAUCACGUACAAAGACGGGGAGGUUGACCACCCCAUCAUCCAACCCCGCAGCUGGGAGAACAGCAAGUUUGACUUUGACAAUGUUCUGGCAGCCAUGAUGGCCCUCUUCACCGUCUCCACCUUCGAAGGGUGGCCAGAGCUGCUGUACCGCUCCAUCGACUCCCACACUGAAGACAGGGGUCCCAUCUACAACUACCGCGUGGAGAUCUCCAUCUUCUUCAUCAUCUACAUCAUCAUCAUCGCCUUCUUCAUGAUGAACAUCUUCGUGGGCUUCGUCAUCGUCACCUUCCAGGAGCAGGGGGAGCAGGAGUACAAGAACUGUGAGCUGGACAAGAACCAGCGACAGUGUGUGGAAUACGCCCUCAAGGCCCGGCCCCUGCGGAGGUAUAUCCCCAAGAACCAGCACCAGUACAAAGUGUGGUACGUGGUCAACUCCACCUAUUUCGAGUACCUGAUGUUCGUCCUCAUCCUGCUCAACACCAUCUGCCUGGCCAUGCAGCACUAUGGCCAGAGCUGCCUGUUCAAAAUUGCCAUGAACAUCCUCAACAUGCUCUUCACUGGCCUCUUCACCGUGGAGAUGAUCCUGAAGCUCAUUGCCUUCAAACCCAAGGGUUACUUUAGUGAUCCCUGGAAUGUUUUUGACUUCCUCAUCGUAAUUGGCAGCAUAAUUGACGUCAUUCUCAGUGAGACUAAUCACUAUUUCUGUGAUGCAUGGAAUACAUUUGACGCCUUGAUUGUUGUGGGUAGCAUUGUUGAUAUAGCAAUCACCGAGGUAAACCCAGCUGAACAUACCCAAUGCUCUCCCUCUAUGAACGCAGAGGAAAACUCGCGCAUCUCCAUCACCUUCUUCCGCCUAUUCCGGGUCAUGCGCCUGGUGAAGCUGCUGAGCCGCGGGGAGGGCAUCCGGACGCUGCUGUGGACCUUCAUCAAGUCCUUCCAGGCCCUGCCCUAUGUGGCCCUCCUGAUCGUGAUGCUGUUCUUCAUCUACGCGGUGAUCGGGAUGCAGGUGUUUGGGAAAAUUGCCCUGAAUGAUACCACAGAGAUCAACCGGAACAACAACUUUCAGACCUUCCCCCAGGCCGUGCUGCUCCUCUUCAGGUGUGCCACCGGGGAGGCCUGGCAGGACAUCAUGCUGGCCUGCAUGCCAGGCAAGAAGUGUGCCCCGGAGUCCGAGCCCAGCAACAGCACGGAGGGUGAAACACCCUGUGGCAGCAGCUUUGCCGUCUUCUACUUCAUCAGCUUCUACAUGCUCUGUGCCUUCCUGAUCAUCAACCUCUUUGUAGCUGUCAUCAUGGACAACUUUGACUACCUGACAAGGGACUGGUCCAUCCUUGGUCCCCACCACCUGGAUGAGUUUAAAAGAAUCUGGGCAGAGUAUGACCCUGAAGCCAAGGGUCGUAUCAAACACCUGGAUGUGGUGACCCUCCUCCGGCGGAUUCAGCCCCCACUAGGUUUUGGGAAGCUGUGCCCUCACCGCGUGGCUUGCAAACGCCUGGUCUCCAUGAACAUGCCUCUGAACAGCGACGGGACGGUUAUGUUCAAUGCCACCCUGUUUGCCCUGGUCAGGACAGCCCUGAGGAUCAAAACAGAAGGGAACCUCGAACAGGCCAAUGAGGAGCUGCGGGCCAUCAUCAAGAAGAUCUGGAAGCGGACCAGCAUGAAGCUGCUGGACCAGGUGGUGCCCCCUGCAGGCGAUGAUGAGGUCACCGUUGGCAAGUUCUACGCCACGUUCCUGAUCCAGGAGUACUUCCGGAAGUUCAAGAAGCGCAAAGAGCAGGGCCUUGUGGGCAAACCCUCCCAGAGGAACGCGCUGUCUCUGCAGGCUGGCUUGCGCACACUGCAUGACAUCGGGCCUGAGAUCCGACGGGCCAUCUCUGGAGAUCUCACCGCUGAGGAGGAGCUGGACAAGGCCAUGAAGGAGGCUGUGUCCGCUGCUUCUGAAGAUGACAUCUUCAGGAGGGCCGGUGGCCUGUUCGGCAACCACGUCAGCUACUACCAAAGCGACGGCCGGAGCGCCUUCCCCCAGACCUUCACCACUCAGCGCCCGCUGCACAUCAACAAGGCGGGCAGCAGCCAGGGCGACACUGAGUCGCCGUCCCAUGAGAAGCUGGUGGACUCCACCUUCACCCCCAGCAGCUACUCGUCCACCGGCUCCAACGCCAACAUCAACAACGCCAACAACACCGCGCUGGGUCGCCCCCCUCGCCCCGCCGGCUACCCCAGCACAGUCAGCACUGUGGAGGGCCAUGGGCCCCCCUUGUCCCCUGCCAUCCGGGUGCAGGAGGUGGCGUGGAAGCUAAGCUCCAACAGGUGCCACUCCGGGGAGAGCCAGGCAGCCAUGGUGGGUCCAGAGGAGACGUCUCAGGAUGAGACCUAUGAAGUGAAGAUGAACCAUGACACAGAGGCCUGCAGUGAGCCCAGCCUGCUCUCCACAGAGAUGCUGUCCUACCAGGAUGACGAAAAUCGGCAACUGACGCUCCCAGAGGAGGACAAGAGGGACAUCCGGCAAUCCCCAAAGAGGGGUUUCCUCCGCUCCGCCUCACUAGGUCGAAGGGCCUCCUUCCACCUGGAAUGUCUGAAGCGACAGAAGGACCGAGGGGGAGACAUCUCUCAGAAGACAGUCCUGCCCUUGCAUCUGGUUCAUCAUCAGGCAUUGGCAGUGGCAGGCCUGAGCCCCCUCCUCCAGAGAAGCCAUUCCCCUGCCUCAUUCCCCAGGCCUUUUGCCACCCCGCCGGCCACACCUGGCAGCCGAGGCUGGCCGCCACAGCCCAUCCCCACCCUGCGGCUGGAGGGCGCCGAGUCCAGUGAGAAACUCAACAGCAGCUUCCCGUCCAUCCACUGCGGCUCCUGGGCUGAGACCACCCCCGGUGGCGGGGACAGCAGCGCCACCCGGAGAGCCCGGCCCGUCUCCCUCAUGGUGCCCAGCCAGGCUGGGGCCCCAGGGAGGCAGUUCCACGGCAGUGCCAGCAGCCUGGUGGAAGCGGUCUUGAUUUCUGAAGGACUGGGGCAGUUCGCUCAAGAUCCCAAGUUCAUCGAGGUCACCACCCAGGAGCUGGCGGACGCCUGCGACAUGACCAUAGAGGAGAUGGAGAGCGCGGCCGACAACAUCCUCAGCGGGGGCGCCCCACAGAGCCCCAAUGGCGCCCUCUUACCGUUUGUGAACUGCAGGGACGCGGGGCAGGACCGAGCCGGGGGCGAAGAGGACGCGGGCUGUGCGCGCGCGCGGGGGCGCCUGAGCGAGGAGGAGCUCCAGGACAGCAGGAUCUACGUCAGCAGCCUGUAGUGGGCGCUGCCAGAUGCGGGCUUUUUUUAUUUGUUUCAAUGUUCCUAAUGGGUUCGUUUCAGAAGUGCCUCACUGUUCUCGUGACCUGGAGUUAACCGGAACAGCGUCUUCAUUCAUUUCUGUUGGGACAAGACGCGGAGCCUGGGUGCGCGAGCCGCCCUCCGGGAGGAAGGCGCCCGGCUGCGUCUGCAGAGGCGGGGAGAGGCGGCGGCGAGGGUCCCGGGGCGCGAGGAAGUUGCCUGCCCUCUCCCAGCCCGCAGGUCCCCGGGCCCGGCCGCGCCUCUGCGGGGAGAGCACCCCGGCUUCCCGCGCGCCCUCACCAAAAGGACCCUACAGCAAACGGGUGUCUUUCGACUCUGCUUGUAGAAACCAUUUGCACAUAUUCUGUACGAGCCUCGCUGUCUCCCUAGAGCCAGGGUCCUGCGGAUUUGGAGAGGGGAGCGGGGCAGGACUUCCAGGAGGACCCCAGCCCGGCCCGGAGAGGGAGGAGGAGGCCGUCAGGGGCGCGGAGCUUUGGGGAUGGGCGUGGGGCCGGCCAUGGUGCCGCUCACCCCGACCCGCCCCUGCCCACCUGCGACGGGAUCCCCCGACCGGCACGGGCCACGCCGAGCUCCCGGCCAGCCGCCGGCCCGCAGGCAGCGCGAGGGAGGAGCUGCGCCGCCGGGAAGGGGCCGUCGGCUCCGCGCAACCAGGUGGUGCUGAGCUUCCGCUGAGCGCUCUUUUGUUUUGUGGUUUGACACUUUUCUUGACAGCAUGUUGCAGUUUCUUUUUGGUUUUGGGUUUUUUUUAAUUUUUUAUUUUGUUUUUCCCAGGGGGAGGGGAGGAAGAAGAGUGUUUACAAAGUCCUGUAGCCCCCUCACCUUUCUGUUUUCACUUUUGCCAAUGUACAUCGGGUUUGGUUUUCUUGUAUUAUUUAAACGGUUGUGGUUUCCUUUUUCCACGGAGGUUCAAUAGAAGCCGCUGCAGGAGAGUAUUACCAACCA